AAAAUGGUUUGUGUUUAACAUUCGUUUAUUGAGUAAACAUUCAUUCAGUUGCACAGUUGAAGUUUUAGGUGAUCGAAUCCAGAUGGCAACGAUACCCGUGUCCAAUCCGUCAACCCCAUUUCUCGGCGAGAUUCCCGGCGGCCUUUCCGUGAAGCAACGCCUCUUCAUUCGGGGUCGACUUACUGGUGCUGAAAUGUUUAACAUUAAUCUCCAAUCGGGUGCGGCUGUGAAACCACGCGAUGACACACCACUGCAUAUCAGUAUCCGGCCGGGUGAUAAGAGAAUCGUUCGCAAUAGCUUCGUCGGUGGGGCCUGGCAGCAGGAGGAACGGGACGGUAAAUGUCGCAUCCGGGCGGGGGCAAAAUUUCGACUGGAAAUUAAAGUGAAGAAAUCUCACUAUACACUCAAAAUGGAUGGGGAAAAGUUUGCCAAAUUCCGGCAUCGAUUGCCGAUCGAACAAGUGAGAUUUGUUCAUGUCGGGGAAGGAGCUGUGAUAGAAUCGAUUACUACCAAGAAUGAUUGAUCUUUGAAAUAGUUUAUUACAGCUAUUAUUAAUCUAUAUCAGUUUCUCGAUUAAGUUAGAUCGCUAGAAUGAGUAUACGUAAUUACAAUAUGAAAAUAAAACAUGCUCAACACAUUU